AUGAAUUCAACAGAAGAGGAACCAGGUCCCAUCGAAAAUUAUUAUCUAGUUUGUUCAUUAUCUGCAAUAUUCGCUGUUACUGCUGUAGCCAUAUCUAUUACAAUAUUAAUAAUAGUACAAAGAACAAAACCUCGUCUUCAUACCGUCAGACAUUUACUCAUGUGUAAUACAUGUAUUGCAUCGAUUCUUUAUUGUAUUGUACAAACAAAUAAUUAUAUAUUUCUUAUAUUUUUCCCUUCGGUAACAAGUGAUAUCUCUUGUCGAUGGCGUGGCUAUUUUUCUUAUAUCACCAUUUCUGCAAUUGCUUACUCAUUUCUUAUUCAAGCAAUAUCACGUCUUUUUAUUGUUGUUUUCUCAACAAAAUACAAACAUUUAAUUACAUUCAAAACACAUUAUAUUCUUAUAAUUAUUCAAUGGUUUACUGUUAUAAUCAUUCCAAUACCAACAAUAAUAACAAAAGAUAUUUAUUAUCGUCCUAAUAAACUUUGUUGGGUACCAUUGAAAUAUAUAAUUCAUGUUUCUUAUGGAUAUAUUGCUUAUUAUACAAUACCGGCAUUAUCUGUUGGUACGAUCUAUAUUUUUAUUUACUAUCAAGUUAAACGAGCAAAAAAA